CCACUUUGAUCAGAUUUGUUCUUUCUUGCCUGGCAUUAAUGAUCAUGAAGUAGAUUCAGAUUUGCUAGAGGAAUUCCUCAUGUUUUGCAUGAAAAAUGAUUGGUGGCAAUAUGUCGCUAAAUGUUUCCUUCGUUGGGUGCAAGGUCCUAAGAAAAUUCUACUGCGUUCCCUUCUUCGAGCAUUGACUGCACAGUACAUGCAUAGUGAAGAUUUAUUAUUCAAGUUUGCAGUGGCUGUACAUGGAUCAAGUGGGCAGUUGUCACUCCUUCACUUAAAUGUGUAUGGCCAAAUUCUAAUUACAUUUAUGUUAGAAGCUUAUGAGCAGCAGAAAUUUGACAUUGCUUUUAAUAUAUUAUUUAUACUGCAUCAGCAGAGUAUCAACUAUAAUGAUCUGCAGCUGUCAGUGGCCUCUUAUUAUACAGAUGAAAAGUCAUAUAUGAAAAACUCAACUACUGGAGAUCACUUUCUUCUUCCACAAACUGUUUCUUUAACUGCAGUCGACACUUGUUUGCAAGUAAAAAGACCUAAAGACGCCUAUGAAAUUUUCAAAGCAAACUCUUGGAUUCAAGUUAAGGAUGUCGAAAUCCCGCACUUGCAGUCAGAGUUGUUUAAAAAAAAAUUUAAAUGUCUCAUGAAGUUAGUCAGAGCGCUGGUCAAUGUCCAUCCGGUGAAAGGAUUCGAUGCCUUCCUAGUUUUAUUCAAAAAUAUCAACUCAGACAACUUUGAGCUUUUGAAUCCUUAUAAAGGAGAGUUGGAUGACCUUUUCAAUGAAUAUCUAACAAAUAUGCUGAAUACUGAUGAAGAAGAUAAAGCACUACAUUUGUAUGAAUAUGGUUCUGAACAUUGUAAAGGAAUGCUGAAUGUUGAUUGUGAUAUCUUAAGAGGAUUCCUUAUUAAGCUAGCACAGAAGAAAAAGAUGGAGAAGGCAAAAAAUUUCUUUCAUUUAGGGCAAAUAAAAAAAGUGUAUUCCAUUGAAAAACCUCAACAACCACCUUGGACUUUGACCAUUCCGUCUUUUUGGACUCGGUAUGAAAUAAAAUUUGCUAUUGAGUUUUAUUUCCAGAACUUAUUCCCUUUAUUGAGAGAGAAACCAAAGCAAACAGUAUUUGAAGAAUGGUUUCAAGUGCAAAUAGUAAUAAAGGAACAAAGUGAUAAGGAUUCUGAAGUAAACUGUUUGAGAGAAGUUCCUAAUCGGAUGGUCUCGGCAAUGGAACUAACUUCAGUUGCCCUAAAGAUGUUAGACCCUAAUUUGAAAGUUGAAGAAAUUACUUCGAGGAACAUGUUGUUGAUCCAUCCAAAAACUUUUUAUAAUUUUUGGAGUUUGAAAUAUGGGGCAAUUUCACCUAGAAAGGUAGAGGCAGAAACUUUUCAUAUUCAGGGACAGAAGGGCAUCUCUUUUGGCAAGGAAAUGACACCUAGAAGUUCCACUGAUUCAAGUUCUAGUGAAAAGUUUCGAAGAUUGUCUUCACCUUUGAUUUCACCAAGUUUCAGCGAAAAUGUUUUGCAUCGGGGAGAAUUUACAAAGACCAUAGAAUGUAGUCCUCGAAAGGAAGAAAUAUUACAUAAAAGUGCUUUUGUUAAGAUUACACCCCCACAACAAUCAUUGAGUAAGCUUAAACCAGUUCAAAAUACUUCCCAUGUGGAAAGCCAAAAUACAAUUUUUAGUCCUAAUAAUGUUUUGCAAGUGCCUAAAAAAGACAAACUAAACUCUGCUGCUAAUCACAUAGAACAUACUGCCUUUAAUUCUGAAUUUGUGCAUAGAGCUGAAAAUACUAAUUCUACAUGUGAAAGAUGUGAACAAUUAGCUAAAUGUUCACCUGUAAAACAAACAAGUGAUUGCCAAAGCUCUAAUAAUAACUUUUCUGAUAGAGUUUUUAGUUCCUGUUUGAGUAAUGACAGUUCUGCAAGUACUAGCCUUCCGAAACCAAAAAGGAAAAUAGUAAGACAUAACACUGGCAUUAAGUUUAUUAAUUCGCGUCCUAAUUCUCCCACAAGACUUAAAAGAAUUGCUCCUUCUCCUGUUAUGAAAAGAGCUAAAGAAAGCUUAGACAAGGCAAAACUUUUUAAAGUUCCUGCUGCUAGGACAAGUAACAAUAAAUUUGAAAACUACACUAUUUCUGUAACGGGAAGUGCCUCUAGAAGUGUUAUUGCCAAUAAAGAGAAAAGUGUACCAUCAUGUGUUGAACCAAAAAAAGCUCAAAUACAGAUUUCACCAUUAUGGCAUAAACCUAUUCAAAGAAUUACAGCACUUGCUGUUAAUCAUAUUGAAUGCGAAGAAAAUUCCAAUUCCUCUGCAUCACCUCCGUUACGAACAGAGGAAAAUAAAGAUUAUUCAAGGAUAAAGAACUUCCUGAAAAUCAAAUUUCUUCAGCGGCAAGGUAGCGUACCGCUGAGACCAGAAGACCUAGACCAAAGAAUACAUCUUCUAUCUCUAAAAUUUAUGUCCAGUUUUGACAUAGAAGGGAAAUUGGAUAGAACAACCAUGAAAAUGCUUACCAAAUUUGCAGAGGAAAACAUUUAGGAAGCAGUGAUAAAAGUUCAUUGUAACUUUACACUUGUUAAAGAAGCUAUGCUUUAAAGUAUUGUAAAAAGCAUUUAUUUUUAAUUUUAUUGUAAAAAUCUGAAUGAAGUGUAACAUAUGUUUUUGUUUUGAAAGUUUCUCUAUUUUUGUCAGAGAAUUACAUUGUUCCAUUUAACAUUAGUUUUGCUGUAUUAUCAAAGAGGUUCAUAUAUAAUGCUUUUAAAUUGACCAAAUCUGUACAGUCAAGAAAUAAAAUUACUUUUUUUAAUUUUUACGGGACUCUUCCUUCUGAACAAGUGUCACAUUUGGCUUUUAAGAAGACUAAAAGGAUUUAUCCAAAGAUGAAAAACAUUAAAUUUUAUGUUAUAUUAAAUGAAAAUAUAAAAAACACCUUGUCUCACCCCAAAUCAAACACUUGCAAUUGCAUUAAACUGUGAUACAGAUACCACAAACCCCCUCAUGUCCCUUCAAACCAGCCC